CUCUCUUCGGUAACUCCCCACCGGUUUCCUCCCUCUCUCUACCUCACCGAUUUAACGGCGGUGCCAUCCCCUAAGCGGCAACCGGGGUCCCCGUAUGGGUUUCGGUGGGUGCCCCGCCCACCCUUACUUUGCCACAAAACCUAACACGUAUCAUCAACACAUGUCUCCUCAAGAACGAGUGACGAUCUAGAAGAUUCCGGCCACCUUCUACGGCCAAAUUCCAGCGGUAACGCCGACGAUUCCGGCCACCUUCUCCGGCACCACCGUUGCAUGACAGUACACAGCGGCGGCGACGAAGCGGCACGUGAAAGAGAGACCGAAAGGAGGGACCAGAGAGACGACGGCGGCACAGACACGGAGGUGUCGCUGAGGGUUCCGCAGUCUUUCUCCGAUUUCUUCUUCUGGUGGUGUGUUCUUUCUGAUUGUUUAGAUCUUACCGCUGCCGUUACAUUUCUCCCGGCGAAGACGAGAAAACAUGGAGAUUUGUCAAUCCGAUUUGGCCUUCAAUUGUAUUUAGGUAAGUGUUAUACAUGUUAUCUAGGAUUUGGAAGACGAAAGCACAUCAAGAUCGAGUUCUUAAAGUGCUUAUGCCACAAAGUAGUCUGAGCUAGCGACGUUUGGUGUUUCUCGGCGAAAAGUCAUUGGAGGAUGCUUUUUUGCUUCAGUGUGAUCAUGGGUUCACAUUGGAGUUGCAUUUAAUUUGCUUUUAGCUGAUUACAUGGUAUUGAUGCUUACGUAUAGAUCUGUCUCAUGCUCAUGUAAUUAAGUUUAAGCCCAAUCUGUUGUUUAUGGAGGAUUCUUGGCAUUAUUUUGGUUA